GGGGCCAGUUCGCAAUGGUGCCGCGCGUCUCGAGUAGCCAGUCCUCGACACCGUCUCGAAGACGAAACGGCCAGAGUGAAACUCUACGGAGCAACGAUACCGCGUUUCUUGAUACCAAAAUGGCUUCUCUCAAAUCGGCGGUGAAAUUUUUCACGAGAUUUUAGUGCCUCUGAUAAAGGAAAACGGAUAUUGACGAGUAAACGAGUGUCGUUGGUGUCUGUGAAUCAGUGCACCGUUCCAAGUUUCUUAUUCUUCUUCGUUUCAGCUGUUUACUUAUUCACUUGUCGUUGUCAACGAAGAGGAAACGCUGAUACAGGGAACGAUUUAUCGUUCAGGUAAUAAACACGUUACACCGAGGAGCCCCGGAAAAACCAGGCUCUAUGCAGGCGGUGAGGGAACGGAUUUUCGAUACCGAGGAAGAAGAAGAAGCAGCGCGUUGCAGUCGUUGAUUGGAAGAAAGAUAGAAUCGAAUAGUUGGAAAAGGAUGCUGAGUCCAAACCGAGCCCGGACGACGAGGACUCUCCUCUUCGUCCUCGUCCUGGGUGUGGCGUUGUUUAAAUCGGCGAAGGGACACGUCGCCCUGACUUUUCCCCACGCGAGGAAGUACGACCUCGACUUCCUGGACAACGCGAGGACGCCGGGACCCUGCGGAAUGCCGAGAGGUGACAUCAGAACCUCGUUUCUCAGCGGCAGCAGCUUCAACGUCACCUGGCAUCUCGCCUAUCCGCACAGGGGUGGCUUCAGGCUGCAGAUUUUAGACGCCCUCGACAGACCCCUCGUCGAUCUCACCCCGGUCACCCAGGUCAGCGAAUUCGUCGAGGACGAUGCCACGGCGCAAUCAUUCCCGGUAAGCUUGCCUCAGAACUUCACGUGCAAGGACUGCACCAUCAGGCUUCUACGGGAGGCCGAAGAAUGGGGAUCAACGUACAGGUUUUGGUCCUGCGCCGACAUCGACAUUCUGGAGAAGAAAGAGUACAGAGAAGACUGCAGUAAGCACGGUAAAUACCUCGUGGGAAGGUGCAGAUGCGACAGAUUCUACCGCGGAUCUAGGUGCGAGAUCAAGGAGGAGUGCCUCGACGACGUGGACUGCGGAUCGCAAGGGGUCUGCGUCGACAACAAGGGAACGACAUCCCCGACCAAACACUGCUAUUGCAACAUCGGAUGGUUCGGUCCGGGAUGCAACAAGAAAUCGCCGAUCAAGAACACGGAGAUAAACUUCGACGCGUACACCAUGAAGAACUUCUCCGACAGCUUCAAGCUCUACUGGCGGAUUCUCAAGGACAUUAACGAGCUCGAGGCUGUGAUGGUGGUCAACGGCACCUCUUGGGUUGGACUCGGAUGGCGACCGAAGGACCUGACUCCGGCUUGCAAGGCUUUUCCCGAACUUUCAGACCCGCCCGGUGAACCGCUACCGAAACCGGAACCAAAAUCAGAACCAGAACCGGCACCCGAAGGCGUUCCAGAGCCGACAAGUGGCUCUGCCAAAGCCGAGCCUGAGCCGCGCGCAGAGUCGAAGGCCGAGCCGGUUUCCGAACCGAAAUCGGUUCCCGUCUCGGGUCCUGAACCAUCCCCCGAACCCGGUGCUGAACCAACUCCAGAACCGGAAGCCGAGCCCUCAAAGUCCGGGGCGAAACGGAGAUCACCAACGGCUUACGGGGCCGCACCGCCUGAUUCCGAUGUCACAGUUCGCACUAGCGUCACUUACCAAGUGAGCAGCAAGCAAGGACGGAAGAGGCGAGCUAUCGGAGCUGCGGAGACGGAACCAACGACUGGGGAGCCCAGCGGCGCGCCUACUUACACCACUGCUGAACCUCAACCAAAAACAUCCACUCCUGAACCAACCUCCAUCACGGAAUCAUACCGUCCCGAACCCAUUUCAUCAACCCACGAAUCAUCCACUGUAUUCACAACCGUAAACGAAUCUCGCUCUGGAACCAAUCGUGAACCAAAAUCCGAACCCGUCUCUGAACCAGUUUCCGAACCCACGUCCGAACCGAAAUCCGAGCCUACUUCUGAACCCACAUCUGAACCAAAGUCUGAACCUACUGCUGAACCAAAAUCCGAACCCGCCUCUGAACCCACAUCGGAACCGGUUUCGGAACCGAAAUCCGAACCCGUAUCUGAACCCACAUUGGAGCCGGUUUCGGAACCAAAAUCCGAACCCGUUUCUGAACCCACAUCGGAACCGAUUUCGGAACCUUUUGCGGAACCCAAAUCCGAACCUGUCUCUGAACCAGUUUCCGAACCUAGUGCUGAACCCAAAUCCGAACCUAAUGCGGAACCGAAAUCAGAGCCGAUCUCGGAACCCACGACCGAACCUAAAUCAGAACCGGUUUCUGAGCCGAGCGCUGAACCAAAAUCCGAACCCAAUCCCGAACCCGUAACCGAACCGCAUCCUGAGCCGAAAUUGGAGCCUAAUUUCAACGUAGAAGCUCUGGGACCAACGGAGAAGUCGGGAGCGACAAAAGCUCCAACACCAUCGGCGGUUCAUAAAUACACUCCUAAGCACGAUUUCAAUCCAAUGGACUGUACGGACAUCGUGAUCGGCAGCGCGGUCGGCAUGACGCACCGAAUCGGAGAUUAUUACACGAGAGAUCGAUCUACGCCGCGUCCGGACGCGUUCUGGGGUGGUCAGGACGGCCUCACGGCUGCAAUGGGCUUCGAGAAGGAUGGCGUGACGACAAUAGUCUUCAGGAAGAAACUCAACGACACCGGACUCGCGGACCACGAGAUAGUCGACUCUGCGAUGCACGUGAUCUGGGCCAAGGGUCAGGAGCCAGGAAGCUACGUCCACGACCCGCCGAGCGGUGUGGAAAAGAGCAAAGUGUCCGUGAAGGACUUCUACAAGCCGGACGAGCUCAAGUACCACGGUCACAGCUCGCAGCGAGGCUUCACAAGCAUAAACUUCCUCGACGAGCACAAGACCGAGUCCGGUGGUCACGCACCACUCGAAGGUGGAGGCUGCGGCGGAGAAUGGCGGUAUCCGAGACAUUGUUCCUUGAAGAACGGUACGUGCGAGUACGCCGCACGAUGGGUCUACAAGGCCAAAAAGGACUUGCUGGCUUUCACCAUCGUAACUUCUCACACCGACAAAUGGACGGGCAUAGGAUUGUCCAACGACGAAAAAAUGUCGCAAACCGACGCGAUAAUAGGAUGGGUCAACAAGCUGACUGGUCAGCCGUUCGUCAUGGACACUUGGAUCAGCGGGUACAAUUCCCCGCUUUUGGACGAGUCGCAGGACAUUCUUGAACGGUCCGGAAAAAUCGAGGACGGAUUCACGACCCUCAAUUUCACUAGAAAACGGUCGACGAGAGACUCCAAGGAUAUUUCAAUCACGGACGAGCACUGCGUCUACAUGAUGUUUCCGAUCAAGGGAGGCCUCUUCAACGCCGUUAACAAAAAGCUCAAGAAACACGAGACGGUACCGAUGAUAUCGAGCGAUAGGAUAUGCGUCAGGUCCUGCGGCGACGAGUUCGAUGAGGACGCGCCAGCCACUCCCGGUCCUCCCAGGCUCGUCUACGACUUUGAGGUAAAACUUUUGGACCUAGGGGACGGGUUCCAGGCGCCGGAUCCCAACACUCCAGAGUUCGAAACGAUAUCAAACACGAUUGCAGACAGCUUUAAACCGGCUCUGAGCAAGGUUCCCGGCUUCUAUGAGGUCAAAUUGAACCAACUCGAGAGAUCCGACGGAGAAUCGAUCCUUGCCAAGAUGAACCUAAUCCUCGACAAAAAUGAGGAAAAGGGUCGGGCCUUGAGGCCCGAAGACACGGAAGCGAUGGCCAGAGGGGCCCUGAACGAGACACUGGUCACUGGGCGCGUCGGAACCCUUCGGGUAGACCCACAAUAUCUGGUCUUCAAAGCGCCACAAAUCACGGACAUUUCCGACGAGGACGAGGCCUCUUCGCCUAGUACAACGGGACUUCUACUCGGUUCCACAAAACUGUACGUUAUCGUUGGUUGCGUAGCUGCCCUUGUAGCAUUGGCGCUUCUCCAGGCAACUUGCACCCUUUAUCGUUCGAGGAAACGAACGUCAAAGGAUCAGCUGAUAACCACGAACAACGCGUGGAAGGAUUACAACUCUGGGGCAAACACGAAUUUCGCUUUCGAGGCGUUCGAGACGGAGGAGAAAGCUCCUCCGCCCGUAUCCAGCCUCCCGAGGCCCCGGGAAACCGCCAUGGAACCCGACGGCGUCAGGCCCACCCAGCAGAUAGCCGGGCCCCGCGCAACGUACAGCCUUCCGAGGGCCCCAGGGCCCCGACAACCCCCGCCCCCGCAGCCGGGCUACUACACCCAGGACCGUAGGAACCAACGGUUCAAGGGGCCCAACGGGUCGGGCCCCCAACAACCGGACUUUUACUUUAUGCCGAGCCAACGAAAGUACAGCGGUGAAGUGGUACGCGUUUACGUUGACUAUGGUAAUCAGCCGAAGUAAGGUGAUAUCCAACCCUUUCUAAGGCCCAGUACUAAUGUAAUUUAUCAAUUUAAUGUUGUUUAAUGUGUAAUUUUAUAUCCGUUAUACCGCAGACGAGCUCGAUAACGAUUAUUUCGAACCGCUUGGACUUGCACGAAAUGAUUUGUUUUCAUUUCUGUUUUCUUCUUUUUCUUUUUUCAACCGUUUUCUCCGUGUGCUUACAGUGCAGUGUUGAAUAUUGCAAGAUUCUAAGGAGAAAGAGUCGUAUUAUUACAAUAUAUAUAUAUAUGAUACGUGUAUUCACGGUCAUGCAUCAUUGUUUGUAAUUUAGUAAACUGCAUUUUACCGAAUAUAUAACCAACGAUCUGGGGAAAUCGGGAUGAGUUCGUAUUUCGACAAGUGGGAAAUAAUAUGCAAAGAUUCCGUCUGAUUGUAAUUACUUUGGGCGUAAGAAAAAAAAAAAAAACAUUUAUCGCGCAAUGUUCAAGACAUCUUCAAACUUGUUGGGUAAGUGUACAACUUAUUGAUCGUUAAAAAUCAACGACGAUUUCAUGGGAGUUGAACAAUUGGCUGGCAUCUCAAACUCUCUGAAUGAAAGAGCAUCGAUGAAAGUUUUUUAGUUUAUUUAUUUUUUUUUUUCUUUCUUUCUUUCUUUUUUUGCAACUCUAAAGAUCAACCGUCUUUGUCGAAAAAAUUUACAACACGAAAUUCUCUGCCGUUUAUUUGUAACGAAAGAUUAUUUCCCGAUCUUUGAUACCAAGUUAAAUUAGUUGAAAAUUAAAAUUAAUUCAGCCAAUUGAUUUUUUUUUUUGUUUUUGUUUUUCUCCAACUAAUUGCAAUCUCUUUAAAAUCCUGUCAAUUUGUCAUAUUUGUCGAUAAAAAUAAACUUACUUCGUGGAAAGACUGAACACAACUUCAUCCAUACGACUUGAUUAUCACCGACAGUCUCAGAUAUUGAAUUUUCCAAUGAAUAAUUACAACCCGACCGAAUCCUCAUUCGGAUUCCCAUCAAUUGUCAAGAGUUAACUCCGUUACACCGUUUUCCGUUAAAAUAAUGUAAAUAGACCAAGCGCACUAAACUAACUCGUCGUUACUGUUGUCAGAGUUGAAUUCGAGGCGAGGAAAUUACGUAUUUAUACGUAUAUGCAUAGCGCCCGACGAGUGCCUUGUAAUUAAUUACAAAGCUAUUCCGCGGCUGUUUGUUCCUGUCGCCGACAAAUGUCCGGCCAAAUUAUUCAUUUCUGCAAUUAUAUCCGGUAUCUGUCCGCGUCCUUAACUAUCCAUCAGUCACUUUUUUUUUUUUUUUUUUUUUUUUUUUUUUUUUUCCCCCUCAACCGCGUUUCUUUUUCGUCCCCUUUCUUCUGUCACUUCCAAACGAACAUUCAUUUUCACUUUUAAUUCAUCGAUGCCUACAAAGAUUUACUUCGACAGAACAAACGGCGCGCAGCAUGUACAUUAGCUUAAUUAAAUAAUAACAAUAAAAAUAACGGUAAUAACGAUUGUUAAGUAUAUACAUGUAUAUGCAUACGUUAAUAUUUUUUAUAUAUUGCGCACACACGCACACACACAUGUAUAUUUUCAUAAGAAUACGUGCUAUUUAUACAUAAGUUACCUUAUAUCUUAGCUAUAUAUUAUAUAUAUUUGGAAUAUAUAUAUAUACAACUGUUGGCAUUAGAUGUCAUACAUAAAUUAUAACAAUGUAAGGGCCUUUCCAACAAUUGUCAGUAUCCCUGUAUUCGAUUUGAACAAUAAUUUUUGCACGCAGAGCUUUUCUCAGCUCCGAAAAGCGUAAUUUCCAAUUUACCGCUCUAGUCAAAUGAAUUUUUUGGUCAAAUUGAUAAGCGGGAAACUUCGGAUUAUAAACUGGUGUUACAGUGUUCAAUAGAAAAUUUUAUUUGUAAAUCAUUCGGACGGUUUUCGCAAACAAUUUAAAAAAAAAAAAAAAAAAAAACUGAGGCAAUUUAUCGAAUGCUCAGAAA